AUGUUCGGGCGUCGCCGGACAAAUCCCGCCGCCGUCCCGCGCAAAUCGCGGGCUGCCACGCGUCCCGCCGCCACCACCCACCGCCGAAGCCUGCCGGGCCCGUGGGAGGCCCUCCCGGCCCGCAUCUCCGCCGCCCGCGCCCCGCGUCGCCGCCUCGCGCCCUGCGCCGCCUCCUCCCCGCCUGCCGGCGCUGCCCCGCUCACCUCGUCCCCGGCGACCACCAUCGCCGGAACCCGCACCUCCGCCCCGGAUCCGGCCAACUCCGACACCGCCGCACCUUCCCUCGAGCUUCGGCGAGCUCCUCGAGCUCCGGCCGACCGUCCCGUCCUCCUCCGACCAUUCUCCGACGAGCUUCUCCGGCUGCCUUGA